AGCAAGAAAGCAGCAACACCAACGCUAAAAAACAAAUAUUAAUGUCAAAGAAUGGCUGAUUCUCUUCUGCUGCUCCUGCAACUCCUCCUCCUCCUCCUCCUGUCGAGUCCGCCCCCUUUUCCAAGCUUUUUCCAACCUCCCGCUUUUGUCUCUCACGGGCAUCCCCUGAACCCCGUCGACCCCCGCCACACCACCACUAGCUAGCCACAAGGGUUUCCCUCUCUCUCUCUCUCCGAGCCGAGCCGGGGGUGGGGGGAGACCGCAUUGGCUUUCUCUCCACUCUAGGGUUCCGCUCGAAGGGGGAAGACCCCACCUCGGCCUCUGCUCGGGUUUCCGGCUGCGGGUGGGGGGGACUUUUGCAGUCAAAAGAAUGGAGAGGAAUAUUUGGUUGAUUCCCCGCCUGCUUUCAUGACUCCCCCAUCCCCCGUCUCUCGUUCUUUUUCGUCUCUUCUUUUCCGCUUUUUUUGGUUUCCCGUCCUGGAUGACGUACGUGGGAAGCAAUCCGUGUUGAACGCCCCCCCACUUCCUCUCCCCGAACGUGAUCGAAUUCAUUGGUUUCAUGUGACGCGGCUCCGCGGCUCCUCAGCUCAGUCCCGGCCGAAGUCGGAGCUUCGAUUGCGUCGAGAUGGAGGCGGCCCCCUUGGAUCUUAAAUAGCUGCGCUGAGCUGAGCUCGCCUCGAGCUUUCGGAGAUCGGUUUCCUCCCCCUCCCUCCCUCGUACGAUGCUGCGAUAGUCUGGUUUGCUCCGACGUCGACCGGUGGCUGAGUGUAUACUUCGUGGUGCUGGAUCGGAGGGGGGUCUUUGGGUAUGGAGGACAUAGGGCUGUUCAAGCAGGGGUGGGAAUGGGUGCUGUCGCAGAAGCACGCCUUCUCGCGUGCCAAGAACGCGAUGUGGCGCGCCCGCGACGGAAUCUGCGUGUUCGUGGAGAGGCAUUGGCCGAUGGUGUGGGGCUGGUGCUCCCAGUUUCUGAAGGCGUUGCUGCUGUCGUUGAUUUACUGGAGGGACUGCUGCUUCCGGGGUUGUCAGUCGGUCGUCGGGUUCGGUUCCGCCUCGCUGCUCGUCAUCAUGUGGAGCUGCUUCCUCAGCCUUACUUCGAUGUCUUGCUUGAUUUAUGUCCUUUUAAGCAUGGGAGCUGCUGGAGCUGCGGUUAAGUACUUGGGAUUUACUCCUGGGCUGUUUAUUGUAGGACUCUUUGCUAUUUUAAUUUUAUGGAUGUUUGCUAACUUCUGGAUAACGGGGACGUUGUUUUUAAUAGGAGGUUACUUGUUCUCCCGCAGUCAUGCUCGUCUGGUAAUAUUGAUGGCUACCAUUUAUGCCAUCUAUUGUGUCAAAGUUCGAGUUGGAUGGCAUGGUGUUUUCCUCUCUAUCAACCUUGCGUUCUUCUCAAAUGACAUGCUGACAUAUUUGGUUCAGUGUUGUGACAAUUUAUCUGAGAAAAGGCACUAUGAAGAGCAGAAAGAAUCGGAAACGCUGACUGAAGAUGAUUUCUCUGAAGAAUGUGAAUUCUCAACUUUGAAUGAAGAGCCUGAAAAGUUGCACUCGUGUAAAUCAUCCAUCAAACAGCCUGCUUCCUCAUCGUUUAUUUGUAAGCAGAGAGACUUAUCUGAAAAUAAGGUGGUAAAAGAAGAAACUAGUUCAUUAGAUGAGAUGAAAAGGAUAUUAAAUAGUGCAGACCAUUAUGAAGCACUUGGGUUACCUCGGCACAAGAAAAUUGAUCCUGCAAUGUUGAAAAAGGAAUAUCGAAAAAUGGCCAUGCUUGUACAUCCCGAUAAAAACAUGGGAAGUUCACUAGCUAGCGAAUCAUUUAAGAAACUUCAAUGUGCAUACGAGAUCCUCUCGGAUUCCACAAAGAAGGGAGACUAUGAUGAGCAACUGAAGAAGGAAGAAAACAGAAGUAGGAGUGUCUGUCAAAGUUCCCACUCGCAUCAGAAGGAGAAUCAGGAUUAUCGUGUUGAGGAGUCAAGAUGUAUACAAUGCACAAAGUGUGGAAAUUCUCAUGUGUGGGUGUGUACCAAUCGGAGUAAGACCAAUGCUAGAUGGUGUCAGGAUUGUCGCCAAUAUCAUCCAGCCAAAGAUGGGGAUGGAUGGGUUGAAUACAAGGGCUCAUUGGUCUUUAAUAGGCCUCAAAAGAUGGAAAUUCCACGGGCUUUUGUGUGUGCCGAAAGCAAGAUCUUUGAUGUAUCAGAAUGGGCCAUCUGCCAGGGCAUGGCUUGUCGGCCCAACACUCAUCGUCCAAGCUUCCAUGUGAAUAUGGUUGGCUUGGAAAGGAAGACACAGAGAUCUAACUCAAGUACGUACCCAUGGGAUCUGGAUGCAGAGAUGAUGGAUGAAGAGGAUGAAUUCGAGUUAUGGCUUCAGCAAGCCCUAGCCUCUGGCCUCUUCUGUGAGACUUCCAAACGCAGAAAGAGCUGGAGUCCAUUCAAGUUGCACCAGUUGAAGUGUAAGAAGCAAUGGAGAAGAGCUUCAUCAUGAAUGGCGGACCAAGCAUAGAAUUGGCCAAGUUCUUUCUAUGCUCCUUGGAGCUGAGAUUUCGAGGACCAGGAUAACAUUGGCAGAGAAUAUGGUGAUGUGUCUGAUGUACCCUAAGCAUGUUACGUUUGACCAGCCAACCUGUCCAAACUCAUCAAGGAUGAGGUGAAUGAAAUUGAGGUCCUGGAGUCAAGCAAUUGCUUUCUUCUGUUACUGUGUAAAUAGAUUUAGGUCAACUCUAUGGCAUUCCCUCGCUUCUCAGUGUCAGUUUUGUCGAGGCCUUUUUGGGGAAGGGAAUAUUUCGAAGACAAGUUAGUGGGCAAAACGGAUUUGUGUCUGUUGUACAUUAUUCAAGCAAUCUUUGCUCAGUGAAGUUGUAUCACAGGGUCUCCUAAGAAUAUUUGUUCUCUCUGUAGAUUUACCGUGGCUGCUACUUCUCUCUGAAUAUCCAGGUACUUAUGCUAGAAGGGCAGAUGUACCCAAGUGUUUGUAGAAGGUAUCGGGUAGCUUUGUCACACCUACUUUAGGUUCAGUCAUGGUCUUGGAUGUAAUAGCUUUACAAUGUUGGGAAAGAGCUAGAAAUUGAAACAUCCAUUGAUUGAUGUGACUGAUUUGAGCC